AUGGGCAUCGAAGACCAGAAAGAAGAGCGGGAGGUGCUCGAGUCGAUUUUCCCCGACGAGAUUACAGAUGUUUCCGAGACCGAGUUCCGAAUCGCAAUAACGCUCGACGAUGGCCGCCACGAAGAUGAUGAGAGCGAAGAAGAGCAACCCGUCAUCAUCCUGAAUGUUUCCUACCCGCCCAACUACCCCGACGAAGCGCCCAGGCUUGAUGUAACACAACCACCCAACGCGCCCAGACACGCCUACCUCGAUAUACAAGAGGACAAGCAGCGGCUGCUAGACUCGCUCACCGAGACGAUUGAAGAGAAUCUCGGCAUGGCCAUGGUCUUCACCCUCGUCACCGUCCUCAAAGACAGCGCUGAGCUCCUCAUAACCGAGCGCCAGAAUGCAAAACAAGCCCUCGCCGACAUAGCCGCUGCCAAAGCUGAGGAAGAAGAGAACAAGAAGUUCCAAGGUGAAGCCGUCAAUCGAGAAACAUUCCUCGCAUGGAGAGACAAGUUCAGGAAAGAGAUGGAGGACGAGAAGAAGCGCAAGGAAGAGGAGAAGGAGCUGGAGGAUAAGAAGAAGAGGAUUGUCAAGGAAGAAAAAAAGUUGACGGGCAAGGAGCUGUGGCAGCAGGGCUUGGUCGGAAAGGUGGAUGACGACGAUGAUGACGACGUAGACGAGGCGGAUGUAGGGAAGUUGAAGAUCGAAGCGACCUCAUGA